AUGCGUCGCUGGUUUGGUUUGGGCUCUUUCUGUAGCCGAGUAGUUUACAGCAGCAGGAGAGAAGGAGCAGGAUGGAGGAGGACAUUUACAGGACACACAACUCUCAACAGUACACAGGUACAACACUGGGGCACAGUGUUAUCAAAACGCCUCUGUCACAGUGAUUUGGGGGACUUAUACAAGAAUGAGUCCGUGCAGAAGUAUCUCCAGCAGCUCAUGGAGGAGUACAGGGACCUCAGCAAGAAGUUACAGCAUGCAUACAUCAACGAGACAGACAGAAAAGAGCUUUCUAUGAAGCACACAGAGCUGCUGCCACUGGCAAAUAUCCUGCAGAAUAUUGAACACGCUUUGAAAGACCUUGAGGAAGUCAAAUCACUUCUCAAUAGUUCAGAUGGUUCCAAAGAUGAAGACAAGCAAUUGACCCAGCUGCUGAAAGAGGAGGAAGCACAGAUCUCCCACAGAAUUUUAGGCUUAAGAAAAGAUUUAAUCAAAGCUCUGGUGCCGACUGAUCCUCUCGACCCCAGUAAUGUUCUGCUGGAGGUUGUGUCAGGUCGGACAACAGGAGGGGACAUCUGUCAGCAGUUCACCACCGAAAUGUUUGACAUGUACCAGGGUUUUGCCUUUUACAAGAACUGGGACUUUGAGGUUUUGAACUACACAUCUGCUGAGUAUGGUGGUUUGCACCAUGCAGCGGUACGAAUAGUCGGGGAAAACGUGUACAGAUAUCUGAAGAAUGAAGGAGGAACGCACCGGGUGCAGAGGAUCCCUGAGGUGGGCCUCUCCUCCAGGAUGCAGCGUAUCCACACUGGAACCAUGACUGUUAUAAUCCUGCCUGAGCCCAUUGAGUUUGAUGUCAACAUUGAUCCAAAGGACCUUCGCAUUGACACAUUUAGAGCUCGGGGUGCUGGAGGCCAAAGUGUCAACACAACAGACAGUGCAGUGCGCAUUGUUCAUCUUCCCACAGGUAUGAAGGCAGAGUGUCAGCAGACUCGCUCUCAGUUGCAGAACAGAGACACGGCCAUGCGCAUGCUGAAGGCCAGGCUUUACCAGAGCAUGAUGGGUAAAGAGACUGAGCAGAGGCAAACAACACGAAAACAGCAGGUGGGCACACGCUCUCAGUCAGAGAGGAUUCGCACCUACCAUUUCAGCCAGGAUCGAGUCACAGACCACAGGACUGGUUAUGUUACCAGAGAUAUUAAGGAGUUCAUGAGAGGAGGGGAGGGCCUGGACGAGAUGAUUUCCGAUGUACUUGAACAUUCAGAGAGGGAGGCUCUUCUGGAGAUGGUGGUGAACAGCAACAGCAGCCUGAAAUGACCAGAGUCUGGACAAUCUACAGACUGACACCCACCACAGCUUACUCUCAGGUGGACUAACCAUACAGUACAUCAUUUGGUGGAUGUUCUUCUCCAGCGCAUUUGUGCUAGACAGUCCGACCACAUGCUGAAGUUGAGAUAUCUAUUGUUGAUAUAAUACUGGAACAAAAUGUAUGCAGUAGUAAUCCUGUAAAUUAUGCAGUGUGAGACAAAUUGUAGUUAUCACUUGUUAUUUUUUUAAAUAAAAUCUUAAAUGAUGUAUG